UGUAGAAGAAGCAGGCAGUUCUGUGUGAUAGAAGGUGUCUGGUCACCACCGCGGCAAGUCUGCCCCGAAGACACCCUCCCUUCCCCGGGUACCUCGACCAACACUUUCCCAGCCCCCCUGGUGCUCUCGGCCCGCUGUGUUCGGCCAUGGCGACGAGCGCGAAGCGAAAGCAGGAGGAGACUCACCUGAAGAUGCUCCGGGAGAUGACCAGCCUGCCCGCGAAUAGGAAAUGCUUCGACUGCGACCAGCGCGGCCCGACCUAUGUCAACAUGACGGUGGGCUCCUUCGUCUGCACCACCUGCUCCGGCAUCCUGCGAGGACUGAACCCUCCACACAGAGUGAAGUCCAUCUCUAUGACCACAUUUACACAGCAGGAAAUUGAGUUCCUACAGAAACACAGCAAUGAGGUCUGUAAACACAUCUGGUUAGGCCUCUAUGACGACAGGACAUCAGUUGUUCCAGAUUUCCGAGAACCACAGAAAGUAAAAGAGUUCCUUCAAGAAAAAUACGAGAAGAAAAGAUGGUAUGUUCCUCCAGACCAAGCCAGAGCAGUAGCAACCGUCCAGGGCUCUGUGUCCGGCUCCUCGGCCAGCAGCACUGGCAGCACACCGGAAGUGAAACCCCUCAAAACCCUCCAGCUCAACAAGACACCUCUGCGCCAGUCCCCAGGGCUAAGUCGUACGCAAGCUCACAGUGCCCCUCAGGAGAAGAAGUUUGACCUGCUCUCAGAUCUGGGAGGAGACAUCUUCGCUGCUCCACCAACUCAAAAUGCCAGUUCUACAAACUUUGCCAACUUUGCACAUUUUCCAAGCCAGUCAGCACCUCAGGGUAAUUCAGACACCAACUUUGCCAACUUUGAUGCAUUUGGAAACACUGAAAUUCCAUCCCAUCUGAGCACGUCACCCCCCUCAAAGUCCUAUUCAUCAGGCGGAGGUGUGCCAAUCCCAUCACGGUCUAGUGCCGCCCCUACUCAGUGCCACACAGGGAGUUGCUCAGAAGACCGCUAUGCUGCUCUGGCUGAGUUAGACAACAAGCUCAGCUCCUCUGUGUCCUCGGGCAGUGGGAUCAUUUUUGGUUCAUCGCCAGCCCAGAAUGCACCUGUGUUACCCACCCUGCAGCCUGGCUUUGGAGCCACAAAUCCCUUUGUUGCUGCAGCUGUUGCCCCGGAGAUGGCCACCAACCCUUUCCAGGCCAAUGGCAGAGCUCCAGCUGCAGCCUCGUUUGCUACUGGCUCUAUGAGCAUGCCCGCUGGCUUUGGGAAUGCGUCUUCCUACUGCCUCCCGACCAGUUUCAGUGGAAACUUCCAGCAGCAAUUCCCAGGCCAGGCCCCCAUCCCUUACCCUCAACCGGGGGCCUACCACCCUCAGUCUAAUGGCCCUGCAUUCCCAGUCUACAGUCAGAAUAAGCCCUCCAUGACGCCCUUUGGGCAGCCCAUGGCUGGCCCUGGCAUGUCCAAUAACCCUUUCAUGGCGGGAGCUCCAGGGGCAUUUCCUUUAGGGGGUUCAUCCACCAAUCCUUUCCUGUAGCACAGCCCAAGGAUCUCGCCACCAGAGGGCAGCAUGCAGCACAUACUCAACUCACCGUUCCACACCAAUAGUGGCAGUACAUUUCUUAAAAAAAGACUCAUAAAAACGUUUACAACACUAUGAAGGAGUACAAAGGACUAUAUCGAAGCCUAAUGGACUGUUAUGCAGGGUUUAUUGUUUGGACUAUAUACAUUAUAUGCUUUUUAUUUUUGUUUAUGACUGUAAGCUCUGUGCAUAUCAUUUGUAAUCGCAAUUAAGUAGAUGUUACGUAUAACAGAGUUAAAAAAGGUGAGUAUACACACACCUUGUGGAAGACAAAAACCACUACAGGCUAUGUAAGGGUAUACACUUUUAAGAUAAUUAACAGGGUUCCAUCCAAAUCCAUGAUUUGUUGUUUGAAGCAGCAAUGAGGAUCCAAGCAUUUUAUCAUCAAAAAGGGAUUUAUAUUUGUUAUUUUAGCAUAAUUGCUACUAUAUUGGCAUUAAGGUGCAAAACUGUCCUUUUUUUUAUUAACUUGCCGAUUCAGAGAGUUUCAUAUGACUCAAAGCAAUCGUGGACUAUUAUUGUAGACAUCCUUUUAGAUAUUGAUGAAAUUGUGAACAAAUGGGACAGCUCUUUGAAUUUGAAGGUAGCAGAGGCAUCACAUGCUCUGCCCACCAGGGAAUGUGGACAGACACGUCUAUUAGAGCACAAACAGAGGGAAUGAAGCCCAGAAGCCGAGAUGAGUAUUUCUUUGUCCUGCUACUUAUUUCUCUAAAACAUUGAUACGAUUGUUCAGUGAUCUCUCUGCUGCUGGUUGAAGAUGUUAGAGGAGCAGAUAUCCAAUAUUCACUAAUAUUUCAAUAAUUUGGUAAAGACGAAGGGGAAGGUUUUUUUAUUUUUUUUUAAGGAAAGUGUCAGAGUUGGGGGUGUUUCUUCCCUUAAAAUAUGUUUUUGUUGAGACAAAAACAAGUGCAACAUUUGAAGAUAAGACACUUAUGGGAUGUACGUUAUGUUGUAUUCACCACAAUCCUGUGAUGAUCAGUCUUCUUCUUUGCCUUCUGAUUGAAAAGCUUUUUGAAAGAGGAACAGGAUGAGGAGAAACAUUGGUCUCCUCUCAGUUUGCUUUAAAUGAGGCAAAGGAAAAGUGCUUAUUCAUUUAUGAAUUAUUACUUAACUGGUUCCUCCUCUGGAGGACUUAGGUCUUAACUGUGCCACCAAUGACUAACAAUACAUUUGUGUUUCUUGUCUUUACAAGAAUAGGUAAGUAAAUGUGUACAUAUAUAAAUAUAUGUAUAAAUAAAUUAAAAGAUUUUUAACUACA